CCUUUCUGUGACCGAAAAAACAGACUGGGAAUCGUCAGGGUGGAGUUCAGGAAACUGCUGUCCACGAAUAUCUUGAACAUGGGCGAAAUCUCAAACUGAUAAGGGCAUAAAUCACCGCUGUUGUUCUCCUUUUCCGAGCCAGAAGCUGCGGACUUUGGUGGUAUUUCGUGCCCGCACCGCGUUUGGACGUUUGACCGACCACAGAGGAGAAGAUGUCUCGGGGAGUGAUCCAGCCCAGCCAGCAAAAACUGGCAGAAAAACUCACCAUCCUGAACGACAGGGGCAUCGGGAUGUUGACUCGAGUUUACAAUAUCAAGAAGCAAGGACAAGUUUGGAAGGCGUGUGGCGAUCCAAAAGCUAAGCCCUCCUAUCUCGUUGAUAAGAACUUGGAGUCUGCAGUUAAAUUCAUCGUCAGGAAAUUCCCUGCAGUUGAGACGCGCAACAAUAAUCAACAGUUGGCUCAGCUGCAGAAGGAGAAGUCAGAGAUUCUGAAGAACCUGGCUCUCUACUAUUUUACCUUUGUAGACGUCAUGGAAUUCAAGGACCACGUGUGUGAGCUGCUGAACACCAUCGACGCCUGCCAGGUCUUCUUUGACAUUACUGUUAACUUCGACCUGACCAGGAACUAUUUGGACCUGGUGGUGACCUACACUACACUGAUGAUAAUCCUGUCACGUAUAGAGGAGAGAAAAGCCAUCAUAGGGCUGUACAACUAUGCCCAUGAGAUGACACAUGGAGCCAGUGAUCGAGAAUAUCCCAGGUUGGGUCAGAUGAUCGUGGAUUAUGAAAACCCCUUGAAGAAGAUGAUGGAGGAGUUUGUUCCUCAUGGGAAGUCGCUGUCAGACGCAUUGAUCAGCCUUCAGAUGGUCUAUCCGAGGAGGAACCUGUCAGCCGAUCAGUGGAGGAACGCCCAGCUGCUCUCUCUGAUCUCUGCCCCAUCCACGAUGCUCAAUCCUGCUCAGUCAGACACUAUGCCCUGUGAGUAUCUGUCACUGGACACAAUGGAGAAGUGGAUUGUUUUUGGGUUCAUCCUGUGCCACUCGGUGCUGAACAGUGAUGCGGCAGCGUUGCCUUUGUGGAAGCUGGCUCUGCAGAGCUCCACCUGCCUCUGUCUGUUCAGGGAUGAAGUUUUCCACAUCCACAAGGCGGCAGAGGACCUGUUUGUCAACAUCAGAGGGUACAACAAACGAAUCACAGAUAUCAGAGAGUGCAAAGAGCAGGCCCUCUCCCACGCCGGCUCCAUGCACAGAGAGAGACGCAAAUUCCUCAGAUCAGCACUAAAAGAGUUGGCUACCGUCUUAGCCGACCAGCCGGGACUGCUGGGUCCAAAGGCCUUAUUUGUUUUCAUGGCCUUGUCGUUUGCUCGUGACGAGAUCAUCUGGCUGCUCCGACAUGCAGACAACAUCCAGAAGAAAAACACAGACGACUUCAUAGACAAGCACAUAGCAGAGCUGAUUUUUUACAUGGAGGAGCUCAGAGCUCACGUCAGGAAGUACGGUCCAGUGAUGCAGCGAUACUACGUCCAGUACCUGUCUGGUUUUGAUGCUGUGGUGCUCAAUGAGCUUGUGCAGAACCUGUCUGUGUGUCCAGAGGAUGAAUCUAUAAUCAUGUCUUCAUUUGUCAACACUAUGACCUCUCUCAGCGUCAAACAAGUGGAGGAUGGAGAGGUGUUUGACUUCAGAGGCAUGAGGCUGGACUGGUUCAGACUUCAAGCCUACACCAGUGUCUCUAAAGCUAGUCUUGGUAUCUCUGAUCACAAAGAGCUUGGUAAAAUGAUGAACACCAUCAUCUUCCACACCAAGAUGGUGGACUCUCUGGUGGAGAUGCUGGUCGAGACUUCAGAUCUUUCCAUUUUCUGUUUCUACAGCCGGGCGUUUGAGAAAAUGUUCCAGCAGUGUUUAGAGCUUCCGUCGCAGAGUCGACACUCCAUUUGCUUCCCGCUGCUCUGCACACACUUCAUGUCAUGCACACACGAGCUCUGUCCAGAGGAGCGUCACCACAUAGGGGACCGAAGCCUGUCGUUGUGCAACAUGUUUCUGGAUGAAAUGGCCAAACAAGCCAGGAAUCUGAUCACCGACAUCUGCACCGAGCAGUGCACGCUCAGUGACCAGCUGCUUCCCAAGCAUUGUGCAAAGACCAUCAGCCAGGCUGUGAACAAGAAGAGCAAGAAGGCCACAGGGAAGAAAGGGGAGCCGGAGAGGGAAAAACCUGGCGUGGAGAGUAUGAGGAAGAACAGACUGCUGGUCACCAAUCUGGAUAAACUCCACACAGCAUUAUCAGAACUCUGCUUUUCCAUCAAUUAUGUUCCCAACCUGGUGGUGUGGGAGCACACGUUCACACCCAGAGAGUACCUCACCUCGCACCUGGAGAUCCGGUUCACAAAGUCUAUAGUGGGAAUGACCAUGUAUAACCAGGCAACUCAGGAGAUAGCCAAACCCAGCGAGCUGCUGACCAGCGUGCGCGCCUACAUGACCGUGCUGCAGUCCAUAGAGAACUACGUCACCAUCGACAUCACGCGAGUCUUCAACAAUGUCCUCCUGCAGCAGACGCAGCACCUGGAUAGCCAUGGCGAGCCCACCAUCACCAGCCUCUACACCAACUGGUACUUGGAGACGUUGCUCCGUCAGGUCAGUAACGGCCACAUUGCUUACUUUCCUGCCAUGAAGGCCUUCGUCAACCUGCCAACAGAGAACGAGCUGACAUUCAACGCUGAGGAAUACUCUGACAUCUCUGAGAUGCGUUCCCUGUCGGAGCUGCUGGGGCCGUACGGGAUGAAGUUCCUAAGUGAGAGUCUGAUGUGGCACAUCUCCUCACAGGUUGCUGAGCUGAAGAAGCUGGUGGUGGAGAACAUGGAGGUGUUGACCCAGAUGAGGACCAGCUUUGACAAACCGGACCACAUGGCAGCGCUCUUCAAGAAACUCACCUCUGUGGACAGUGUGUUGAAGAGGAUGACCAUCAUCGGCGUCAUCCUCUCCUUCCGCUCUCUCGCUCAGGAGGCUCUUAGAGAUGUGUUGUCUUGUCACAUUCCUUUCCUGGUCAGUUCAGUCGAGGAUUUCAAAGAUCACAUUCCAAGAGAGACGGACAUGAAGGUGGCCAUGAACGUUUACGAGCUGUCUUCGGCAGCCGGUUUACCGUGCGAAAUCGACCCGGCCCUGGUGGUGGCGCUGUCCUCACAAAAGAGCGAGAACAUCAGUCCAGAGGAGGAGUAUAAGAUCGCCUGUCUGCUCAUGGUAUUUGUGGCCGUUUCCUUGCCGACACUGGCCACUAACGUCAUGUCACAGUACAGCCCAGCUAUCGAAGGCCAUUGUAACAACAUCCACUGUCUGGCCAAAGCCAUCAACCAGAUCGCUGCUGCUCUCUUCACCAUCCACAAAGGAAGCAUUGAGGACCGGCUGAAAGAGUUCUUAGCUCUUGCUUCAUCCAGCCUGCUGAAGAUUGGCCAGGAGACGGACAAAAUGACAACACGUAACCGGGAAUCUGUUUAUCUGCUGCUGGACAUGAUUGUGCAGGAGUCGCCUUUCCUCACCAUGGACCUGCUGGAGUCCUGCUUCCCUUACGUGCUGUUGCGGAACGCCUACCACGCAGUCUACAAACAGAGCAUCAGUGCGAGCGCAUAGACAUGCACUGAACAUACAGCGAUGACCUUCACACGACAAACACACACACAAACAAAACAGAAAACGCGUUGACACUAAACAGGCGGUUCCCUCACGUUGACAGUGAAUUUUCUGGGUGAAACUGGUUUAUUUUGCUGUUUUCAGUAAUCUGCACUUAUUUUUUCCUUUGACUUUAUAUUUGGUGACUUUCACUCAACCUGAGAUGGUGUCUGAUCACAAGCCGACUUUACGCUUCUGAAUUUGGAGACAAGCAAACGGUGUCCGAAAACGGAACUAUAUUCAUAGCUAGGUAUUGCGUAAUCCAGUUUUAUAAAAUCCUGCUCUACUGUGGCAUGAACUAGUCCAGAAACAGUUCAGUAUAGUUUGCAAUCAGUUGUAAUAUAAGAACAAAAGGUACAAUUAUGUUGCCUUCAAGAAAUUAACUUCACCUCCAUGUCGCGAGCGAACCACUUGGCUAGCCGGCAUAGCCCAGUUGUUGCUAUGGCUUACAACGCUAGCUAGCAUUGAUAGCUGGUUCAGAAACCAGUUUGUUGAGCUCAUUUUGGACACAGGAUUAAUGUGUUGAUUGUGUAAUACUUGACUCCUCGCCAACAACACAGUCGCCACGGCAGCUAGAAAGUGUAUGCGGAGAGUCACAAUGGCAUAAAAUUCUUCCGCCCGUCGAUUCCCGCUACACUUGUAGAUAAAAUUGUCUUAAAAGUGACCGUCACCCAACUCUGAACUAAACACACUAAAGUACAACUACUUGCUGUUUGCACAUGUAACACACUAAACGCGUAACAUAAAAAAAAAACAACUACACUAACAAACAUACGAGACUACCACAAAGAUUAAACACUAAAACUUCACAACGUCCACGUGGACGCGUGAACUCGGACGCUGGCUGGAUGAAGUUUUACUUUGACAUAAUGUUGCUGGUGGGGUGGGUGGUGCCAAUCACAGCAACACAUAAUAAACAUGUUUGUUUGGUAUAAAAGAACAAAAAUAUAAAUAUAUAGUAUAUAUAUAUAUUGACACUAAAGUAUUAUUCUUUUUUUUUUUUUCUUUGAGAGCUUUGAGGUUUUUUGCGGACGACUCGUGGUGAUGGGUUUCUGUUGAAAUGCAAAUGAUUCUGAUGUGAUGCGGGUUCAGUUUAUUUUUUUAUCUUUUUUGGGGGGGGGGGGGGGGGGGGGGGGUUGGAUUUCUGUGUUAAUGAGACAUGUUGCUUGUUGAUGUGCGUUUACACAUUUACAUCCAGUGCAGAUAGAAAGUAAAUACACACUAAUCACAUUUCAUAGUGAAACACAAUCUUGUAUAACAUGGUGACAUUUGUUUCUUUUUUUAUUUUUUUUAUUUUUUGUUUUUUUUCUAGCUAGUCGUAACAAGCUUUUUGUGGGUAAAGAUAUAAUAUCUGUAUUCUACUUUGAUGUGAACUGUCUGUUUUUAACUUUUAUGUUUUGUUAUUUUUAUGAUGAUGAUGCUGACAAUUUGCCAAAUGUGACACUAAAAGUUGUGUAUCAGGGC